AUGAUAUUGGGUGAGCAUUGGAAAGAGUUUGUGUUUCUGCAUAAAUGGAGAGAAGAACACUUGGGCUACGACCGGCCUAGCAAAGCCGUCGAUUGGCUCAUUAAGAAAGCCAAGAACUCCAUCGACAAGCUCGCUGAGCUGCCACCUUGGCACCCCACAGAAAAUCUGGCUACGGAGGAUCCCGACCCACAUGCUGCGGCGGCGGCGGUGGCAGUGGAUUCCACCGAAAUGGGUCUCACGGUAGAGAAGUCGGAGUUUUCUGGGUAUAAUUUUCAGCUGCAUAGACAGUUGGGCCAUGAGCACUCGAACGCAGAUCAUCAUAACGGGUCGGGAUUCAUUCCUCAUCAACAUCAGCCGUUGGAUUCCGACUCCAUAGCAGACACCAUGAAAUCUUUCUUCCCCACGAGCUCAGCUACUUCCGCCAUGAAUAAUUUCCAGACAUACCCACAAGAUUGUGUGUGUAAGUGGUAAAAGUGUAAUAAAAUAAAGUUAAUGUGUAUAAAUGUUGUUUUAACCG